AUGUAUUGUUUAUGCCCUAGUUUUCACUUUUAUCGCUUGAGUAGUUUAGUUGCUAUUGUUUUUAGUUCUAGUGGUGGUGUUAAGCAAACUAACGUAGCUAAGUUGCCUGUCAAAGAUGAUUCAACCUAUAAUCUAGAUGAGAGGUAUAUAGAAAAAAGACUGGAGGACUCCUUGAGGGAGGAUAAGAAUUCGGGGUGUGAGAUACCCAAGUUAGACCCCUUCGCACCGGAAGUGACUAAGUUCGAUAAAGAUCUACCUAAAAUAGUUUGCUAUGGCGUGGAUUGGGUCAAAUGUUAUUUAGACGAGUGCAAAGUAGUACCAGAGAUAUUGAGGACUACACGAGAUAUAAUAUGCACGUACAAUGAUAUACUUUACGAAAGUGAUGCUAAAUACACAAUAGGUCCGUCCAUAGAGAUACGUGGGGCUGAUGUGUAUCCGCUCAUUAAGAGCGAUCACGUGAAGGUUAAAUGUACUGGAACGCAUGAAAAUAGCAUUUUACCAAGCAAAUGGCUGGGCCACGGUAUAGGUUUCCGAUCAACAGUCCACCCUAAAAGCCCGCCACCAGGUCGAGAGAACACGUAUGAUAUUCUGUUCUUAGGAUUCGAUUCCACGGCAAAGAAUGGAUUCAUAAGACGAAUGCCGAAAAGCUAUAAGGUCGUUAAGGAAUUACUUGGAGCUACUGUAUUGAAUUCCUAUAACAUAGUUGGGGAUGGAACACCGGCCGCUUUGUUCCCAUUCUUAACUGGCAAGACCGAAUUGGAGUUGCCAGAUGUAAGAAAGAAAACGAAAAAUAAUGAUAGUUUGGACAAUAUGCCGUUUAUAUUUUAUAGGCUUAAGGAUGAUGGCUAUCGUACAGCCUAUUUCGAAGAUAUGCCGUGGAUUGGUACUUUUCAGUACCGUUUCAAAGGGUUUGUACGCCAGCCAGCCGAUCACUAUCUACGAGCGUUUUAUUUAGAAGAAUCUCAGAAUGGAAAGAAAUGGGCUAGCAAGCCCAGGAGAUAUUGUGUGGGAGACACUCCGCAGUUCGAAUUGAUGUUAAAUAUUACUGAUCAGUUCUUCAAGUUAGACGGUAAAAAGUUUGGUUUCACAUUCAUUGCUGAUAUAACACACGAUGACUUUAACAUGAUACCGACGGCUGAUGAUGCGUUGGCAGCCUUUUUAACUGAUUUCAUGGAAAAGGGAAGAGGGAAAAACACAAUGCUUCUAUUGUUUGGUGAUCAUGGACCUAGAUACGCCUACGUUCGCGACACAUUACAAGGCAAAUUCGAAGAGCGGUUGCCUCUUAUGGCUAUACGUUUACCAGAUGACCUCGUAAAAGAAAGGCCGAACGCACAAAAGAACUUGGAACGUAACGCCGAAGUUCUGACGACGCCCCAUGAUAUUCACGCAACAAUUUUGGAUGUUAUGGAUAUGAGGAAGGAGUGGAAUCCAUAUAAGAUUAAGGGUGCGGACUUGACGCGUGGUUUAACGUUAUUGGAACCGAUCUCAUCAAACCGAUCCUGUAGUGAGGCGGGAAUCGAACCCCACUGGUGUUCUUGUUUAUCCUGGGAAGAAGUGGUCAAAUCUGAUCCUAUGUUCACGAAAACUGGGAAGGCGCUGGUGGAUUUUAUUAAUUCACUCACAGACGAAGCUAGAUCAAAAUGUGUUCCCCGAACUCUUCAAAGUGUACAGUGGUCGAUGCGUAAGCGGCCUAAUAAUGGAGUACUAACAUUCGUGGCCGCGAAGGAUAUGGACGGAUACGUUGGCAAGUUCGGAAAACAGCUAAAUGCUGAUAGAGAGGAUUAUACUGUUAAGAUAACAGUUAACCCAAAUAAUGGAGUGUAUGAGGGUUCUCUGAUUUAUUACAAAGCGGAGGAUAGAUUCGAGAUCGACUCGAGAGAUAUAUCAAGGAUUAAUGCAUACAACAACGAGCCCAGUUGUAUUAGCGCGACCCUACCUCAUCUAAAUAUGUAUUGCUUUUGUAAAGAAUUCCUUUAA